AUUUUUUAACGUGUUCAAAAAAUAUUAAACACUAUUAUUCAUUGCAUAUGAGCUGUAUGUUGAAAAAGGAAAUUCCAACAACGAAAAUUUACAGAUAAUAUAAACUGAAUAAAAGAUUCUUUUUCUUUAGGAAUUCGAAUUAAAUGAUUAUUUUGACAAAAAGAUAUGAAUUUGAUCAAGUACAUACCCAAAAAAAGUAGUAAUAAUAAUUUUAUUGCUUCAUAUGAGAAACGGCCACUAUAAAACAAUAUCCACCAAGAGUUCUGAGAAGAAAACAGAGGAAAUCAGGGAGAAGCAAGAAAAAAAAACUUCCAGUCAGAGUAUCAAGAUCGAAAAAUGGCAGAGGUAAAAGUUGUAAGCAUGAAUUCAGGAGAUGAUGAAUGUAGCUAUGCUAACAACUCAAAAGUUCAGAAUACUCUGGUAAUGAAAUCUCUAGCAUAUGUAGAGGAAACUUUGAUGGACUUGGCCACCAGUGGAUUUCCUGAAUGCUUGAAGCUAGUCGAUUUGGGCUGCGCUUCAGGGCCAAACACGCUAUUAGUUGUCACUGAGAUGGUUAAAAUUGUUGGCAAGAUAUGCCAGAAGAAAAAUUUUGCAGUACCUGAAAUUGAAUUGUUCCUUAAUGACCUUCCGGAUAAUGAUUUCAACACAACUUUUCAAAUGGUACCACAAAUUUUUUCAGAGCUCGAGAAUGGGGAGGGAAUCAAAUAUGGGAAUUUCUUUGUUUUUGGUGUGCCAGGUUCUUUCUACAGAAGACUCUUCCCUAGCAAAAGCAUGCACUUGGUUCAUUCUUCCUGCAGUCUUCACUGGCUCUCUCAGGUUCCUGAAAAACUAGGGAAUAACAAGGGAAAUAUCUACAUAUCAAAAACUAGUCCUCCUGGUGUUUCUGAAGCUUAUGCAGAACAAUAUAGAACAGACUUUUCAAAAUUUCUGCGCUUGAGGUCUGAGGAAGUUGUUCCUGGUGGCCGUAUGGUCUUAACACUGGCCGCUAGGAGCAUUUCAGAUCCAACCAGCAAAGAAUUCUGCUGCAAAUGGGAACUACUGGCAAAAGCACUACAAGACAUGUCAGAUGAGGGGUUGGUUCAGAAUGAAGACAUCGACUCGUUCAAUCUACCUUUUUAUACACCAUGCGCGGAGGAAGUGAAGGAUAUAGUCCAAUAUGAAGGCUCAUUUAGCCUUGAUCGAUUUGAAAGCCAUGAACUUGUCUGGAAAGACAAUGAAAAUAUAUUUACGAAAUCAGUAAGAGCUGUGAUGGAACCAAUGCUUGCUAAUCACUUUGGAACAAAGUCAUUUAUGGACAAGCUUUUCCAGAGGUAUGAAAUGCAUGUGGCAGAUCAUCUCUCCGAGGAGAAAAUCAAGUCUUUCUAUAUAUUGAUUUCAUUGACAAGGAAAUUUGUAUGAUGGUGUGAAGCUAUCAAAUUGCGUAAUGGGACCAUUAAUUUCUUUAUUA